AGAAUACGCGUAUGACGCAUUGCUGUUUGCAUUCUUCCUGACGUAUUUCCACAGCUCACAGCCACAGUAACCUUACACUGCAGCGCCGUAUCCGUGUGGCAUACCGAGCUUUAACGGUGACGCGCUGCCGGAUGCUGAGCGGUCCAUCGGUGACAACCGAGAGCAGGUGUAAAGCCCCAGAAUAGCAGCAGCAUUGUUGAGUUCAGCAGGCUAUUAAAGCCCCAACGAUUCGUGCCUGUUGCCACUGAGUAAGCCUACUAUAAAUCAGCUCUUACACACUCUUACUGGAACUGACUCUCAGCGGUCAGUGGUCGUCACGUAUAAAUUGUACAUUUGCGCUCAGUUUUGGCACCGAGUUCACACCAAGCGGCCUACAUUUCAAGGAUUUUUCAACGCGCAAAAAUGGGACAGUGUAGCUCAAGGACAUCCGAGCAGUUUAACGAGCUCACGUCACUUACAACUAUAAAGUUGUGUGAAAAACGCACUGCCGGCUUUUCGCAGGGGAAAUGGCGAGCCGACGCCUUUCAGAAUGAAGCGGCAGCGGACAGACGCCGCCGCGGCUGCGGGACUCACGACGACUGCUCUGGACUGGUUUUUGUGGCGGAUCCAACUGGUGGGGUGUGGAUAGAUGAAACCCUUGGAAGGCAAAGGUGAACCUGUGGAUGUGAAGCUAUGGUCGCUGUUCUUGUUUAAGGCUGAAAUCCAUGCUGAGGAUUUCUGAAGGUGACGACUUUGUCAGCAAUCCAGUGAUGGAAGUAUCUGGAAGGCUUGAGAUGGGAUUCUUGGAUGUCUGAGAGACAUACCGUAGACGUUUUUGUUUGGUUUCCAUUAACUGAAAUGGAAAGAGAUUCAUUUGAAGAGUUUUUAGAGACAUUUAUUAGGCAUUUAUUAUGUCAUGGUCAUCUGACAUGUAUGUGGUCAGCUGAUGUGUAAUGGAAAACCCAACGUUUCUUAGUGGAACAGUCUUAACUGAGAACUUCUAAAUAUGUAUUUCACAUUUAUUUUGCAAGAACUUGCAAGUUCCUAUACUUCCUGUAUGUCAAAUGACAUCAUAUUCUUUAGUUUCUUUAGGAUCUUUCAGCCAUUUGACAUGAGAAUCCACAAACAAUAUUUUAAUUUUAUUUAAUCGUGGAAUAAAUAAUAAAUUAAGCAGGUUUGCUUUCCGGGCAUUCUUAGCAUAUCAUUUGGGAGGUGUCCUGUGAUACUUUGACCCAUUAAUCAUACAGCACUAUGUAGAUAAGCAAGAUAUAAUACAUCACUGAGUAACACCAACUCCGUCUUAAGUAAACGCACAUUUGUUGAGAGAACACAGUGAGAAGCUUUGGUGUUUGUGAACAUCUGACAUGUACAAUGGGCCAUUCAGGAUCCAGACACAAACCUGAAGCCCGUAUCCUCCUCCUAGGGCUUGACGGAGCUGGAAAAUCAACACUUCUUUACAAACUGAAGUACAAUGAGGACUUCUACACAGUUCCUACAAUUGGAUUCAAUGUAGAGAUGAUCGAAGCGAAGAAGAACAAGGACAAAAUCACCCUGACCGUGUGGGACGUUGGAGGGCAGGUUAAGAUGCGAGCGCACUGGAAGAAUUUUUACCAAGACACCGCUGGAAUCGUGUUCGUUGUGGACUCUUCUGAUAUCAAGCGUCUGGACGAGGCCAAGAGCGUGCUGGAACAGACCUUAAAGAGCGACCACCUCAGGGGACUCCCGGUGGUGGUUCUUGCCAACAAGCAAGAUAUUGUAGAAGCUGCGACGGUAACCGAGAUCACAGAGCAGUUUAACCUGAGAAACAGUUGCAGCGACCGAGACUGGUUCGUUCAGCCGUGUUCGGCCACGACUGGAAUGGGUCUGGUGGACGGUUUCAGACGAGUGGCACACCUGGUGAAAAUGACACCUGAGGACAAUAACUUCAAAGAGACUGUCAAGUAUAUAAGAUCAAAAUCGGUUAUACAGGUGAAGAAAUAGUAUACGUGGUAACUUAUUAACCACUUUUUAUGGAAGGUUAUGUACACAAUGCUACUAAAUUUAGUUGCAUAGUGUGAACUGAAGACAAAAUUCAGUUAAACCAUGCAAGAUCCUGAAAGUUUCUUAAGCGUUAAAAAAAAAUCUAACAAAGGCUAUUUAGAAAUUUAAUGUCUGUAAAGAAAUAAAUGCCCAUACCAACUGCAAAAGCCGUUAACCACACUUACAAAAAGUUGUGUAAACUAGUUCAUGUAAAUCAUGUGAACUGAAUGGGAACUUGAGUUAACAGGAACCAUAAAAUAGUCUAAAUAUUAACUUGAAUUAAUUCUUGUAUUUAUUGCAGAGAAGUACAUAAAGAACUUCUGUUUUUAUUUAAUGUGCAACUUUUACUUGCAUUUGUUUGUUUUGACUUGUUAGCCAGGCUUUUAAAAGGUUAUGUAAACAAUCAUGUGAACUGAAUGAGAAAAAUGAGCCAUAUAAGUUUCCAAAUGUUACCUUGAACAUAUUUAUUAAUAUAGCAUAUGCCAGGAAGCAUUAUGAAUAACUUUAAUGUUAAUUAACUUAAACAUUGAGAUGUAUGAAUUUUAGUGCAUGAAGACUUUAUUUCUGUGACCACA